AUGACCAUCCAAGAUCCCUUUCACACCUUGCAUGAAAACACACCAGCCAUUGUAGCUUCUUUUAUUCACAAAGGCACCACCAACACCUUUGAUUCAACAUCAGCGUCAUCAUCACCACACAUCACUAUCGAUAGGCGUAUCAUUGAUCAUCAUGACAAUAACAACCGUUUUGACUUGGAACUCAAACUCACUGCACAUGAAGAGCCCAUUGAGCUUGAACAACUGGAAUUCGUCUUCCACAUGGACAUUGAGAAUACAAUCAUGAUGGCCGAUGGCUUUCAGUGUUGGACACACUCACGAGAACUGGACAAGCUUGGUAGCAUAUCACCUAUCUCAAGGACAGUGGCAUGGUGGACCCAAUUUGAUCUCCAAGGAGACUACAACUUUUACCAGUAUUCAGGUCAAGUGGGUGUCAUCCAUUCCAACAGUUACACAUACUUCCGCAAUGCCAACACGACGGUGUUCGUGGGCUCAUUAUCCGAAUCCAGUGGCUACACCUACUUUAAAGCCGACAUCCCACACAAUCAAUUCACCAUCUACAAGGACAUCCAAGGCAAACGAUUGGCAGCCGGCGAAUCUCUAGAGUUACGAUACCUGGUGACCCAACAUACAGAUUUGGAUGUCAUGUGGCAACAAUACGCCGAGUAUUACCACGACCAUAGCGCUUUACAGCAACAGCAACAACAACAACGCCAUUUGACAGGCUGGUCAUCAUGGUACAAUUACUAUGAACGAGUGACAGAAGCAGAUGUCGUUCGAGUAUUGGAAGCAUUCAAGAGCUAUGAUUACAAGAUUGAUGUAUUGCAAAUUGAUGAUGGCUAUCAGCAAGCGAUUGGUGAUUGGUUGGAUGUGGAUACCAAAAAGUUUCCAAGAGGAAUGCACUUUUUGGCUCGAGAGAUCUCGGAGGCAGGCUACAUUCCAGGAUUAUGGUUGGCACCGUAUGCUGUGGGAUUCAAGAGCAGACUUGCCAAGGAGCAUCCAGAUUGGCUAUUACGCGAUGACAAGGGCAAGGUCGUAGUAGCAGGUCCCAAUUGGGGUGGAUUCUAUGCAUUGGAUAUCUACAAUCAAGAAGCACGAGCGUAUCUUCAAGAGGUGUUUGAUCAAGUCUUGCAUGAUUGGGGUUAUCGGCUCCUCAAGCUCGAUUUUAUCUUUGCAGCAGCCAUGAUACCACGAUUGGGCAAAACACGAGGCGAGAUUGUUUGGGAUGCUGUCACUUUGCUCAAUGAAUUGACUCAAGGUCGUGCUUUAUUAUUGGGCUCGGGUGUACCACUCGCUGCUACAUGGGGUCGAUUGGAUUAUUGCCGUAUCAGCAGUGAUGCUUCGCCAUUUUGGGAUCAUUCAGUCUUACGUUUGGCACAUGUACGUGAACGUGUGGCUACGCAUAAUGCUCUCAUGUCAACACUCCAUCGAUGGCCUAUGAAACAUAUCUUUGGCACCGAUCCCGACGUAUUCUUUUUGCGAUCCAAUGAUAACAAAUUGACACCUGAUGAGCGCUUCACCACUUGCACUGUCAACAUGAUUAUCGGUCAGCUUACCCUCAUGUCAGAUGAUAUUACAAAGUACAACGACAUCGAACAUCAGCUCUAUGCAUCCACCUUUCCCAAAGUCCAUGCAUCGAUCCAGCAAAUGAUACCCAUUGGCCCAGACGUAUUCAGGCUUGAUUACACAUGCAACAAUCGUCGCUAUAUUUUGUUGAUCAAUUUGUCACCUGUGUUGUUCAAAACGAAGCUGCCUUUGGAUGAAACAGUCGCUUACUACUUUUUCGAACAAAAGAAUCCAUUGGUGGAUCAGCAAGGCCUCGAUACCAAGGUGGCGUGGUACAAGCCUGAGCAUGGAGAUGAAAUCCUCUUACGACCCCAUGAAACGAGAUCAUUCAUGUAUAUCACCGAUCGCUUUGCUGGAUCGACAGGGCAUCUUGUGCCUGGAUGGGAUAUUGAAACCUGGGAUCAGGAACAACAAGGUCAAACAAUCCGCAUCUCGUUACGUAAAAACAUCAAGUCGUCAGCUUUCAACAUUUGGUUUACAGUGGAUGAUGGUGUUGCUCCUACAGUAUUUGUGGAUGGCACAGAGACCAAAGUAACAGUGAUGCCGCAGGACAAGAGUGGGAUUCAUUUGGCAAAAUGCUCCAUUCAACAAUAG